AUGGAGACAUGUAUUAACCAUAUUUACUACUGCUUGUUGAUUGCACUUACUUUUAUCGUAUUCUUUGGCAACCUACUAGUUAUAUUAGCUGUUUUAAAAACUAAACGACUUAGACGUGUCACUGACUUGUACAUUGUGUCACUUACUGUGGCUGAUUUGCUUGUUGCUGUUUUGAUACUCCCAUUCUCAAUAAUUCGUCAAUAUUACGGUUACUGGCCUUAUGAAUCACAUGAACUGUGUCUAUAUUUUCUUUCAGCUAAUAUAUUUCUUUGUGUAUCUUCAAUAUUAAAUGUAUGUUGUAUUUCUAUUGAUCGUUAUAUCGCUAUAACCUCUCCAAUGAAAUAUAUUGGUAAGCGUACACGUCAAACAGCACUUGCAAUGAUUAUAUUCGCUUGGAGUGCAUCUUUCAUAGCAAUGUUGCCACCUUUACUUGGUGCUCAGCAUCAUACAGGCGUUAGAAACUGUUAUGUAAGAAGUGACGCAUGGUACAGGAUUUUGACAGGAGCGUUAGCAUUUUAUAUUCCAUUCCCUCUGGUCGGAUUCAUUUAUCUACGAAUAUUUUGGGUGAUUCACAGUCGUAGGAAAGCAUUCAAAAGUGUUAGAUUUUCAUCAAAACUAAAAGAACAUAGAUAUGGUUCACUAAGCAUAUUAUUCCAACUGAAUGGACUUGGACGUAUCAAGAGAUGGUUACGCGCAGAUGAUUUUACGAAAUGCCGGUUAUUUGUGUUACAUAGCAAAAAAUCGGAAAUAUGCACGACAUACAUUAGUGAAAACCGAUGCAAACAAAUGACCCAAAUUACGUUAAAUUUUAGCAACAAAGAUGACAUAUCUUUAAAGGAAACAUAUAUUCCGAGUGAAUCUUGCUCAACUUUCAAGGAUCCGAACAUACAGUUAGUUAAAGGUAUUUCUGAUACGGUGACAUCACUCGAAGAACCCAUCGGGGUAGUUCAGAUUUCAUUAGUGCCUAGAAGAUUUAGGUUUGUUGAAAAUCUUGUGUUGCCAAAUAAACUUGAGAAAAGACCAUCAUGCAGUAUAAGUGAGAAUACAGCCAGCAUAUACUCUGUUCAGGAUGAUAAUAAAAGUGUUAUUAUUUCUACUAGUGAUCAACACAGCAGAACGUCUGAAAAUAUCACAACGAAAAUGCAUAAAAAGACAGAUAUGGACAUAAAAAUAAUGAAUCAUAACAGACAUAGUACAUCAGUUAGUAACCGACAUCAGCGUCAAAUAUUUAAUAAAGAACAGAAAUCUGUGAGAUCUGUAUCAAUAGUUGUCGGCUGUUUUAUGAUUUGCUGGAUUCCAUUUGCUACUGUAUACUUAGUGGAAGGAAUAUGUGAGUGUCUACUUUCUGAAAAAGUUUACAUGACUACCGGUUGGAUUGCAUACAUAAAUAGUUUGUGUAACCCAUUUAUAUAUGCUUUAUGUAAUAAAGAAUAUGCAGAUGCAUUCAGAAGAUUGCUGCACUUGAGAUAA